AUGGCAGUGUCUUCCGUCCUGGCCACAGUACAGGCGGAGAUCAUCUGUCCCAUCUGCCUGGAAUACUUCAACAACCCUUUAACCAUCAACUGCGGGCACAACUUUUGUGCCUCCUGCAUCAAGUUUUCAUGGCUGUAUCAACGGGAAACGUUCCCUUGCCCCGUCUGCCGAUAUCCACAUAAAGAGAUACACUUCAGUACCAACCCCCAGCUGGGAAGGCUGGCAGACCUGGCCCAGAUCCUCCACAGCUCCAGGGGCAGUGAGACGGCAUGGGAAAAGGAGCACAGAUGUGAGGAGCACAAACAGGUGGUGAGCCUUUUCUGUGAGGAUGACCGGGAGCUGCUGUGUCCUUUGUGCGCCCAGGGCCCUGCCCACCAGGACCACCAUGUGAGGUCUGUGGCCAAGGCAGCGGCUCAUCACAGACAGAGGCUCAGAGGGUACAUCGAGCCCCUGAAGAAGCGGUUGGCAGGGCUGCAGAAGCUCCUGAUCACCCAAAACAAAAACCUCCUAGAACUAAGGGAGCAGGUAGAGAAGGAGAAACUGCAAUUAGGCGCUGAGUUUUCAGAACUGAACCUGUUUGUAGAACACGAGCAAGAGACAACAUUUUUCAAGUUGGACCAAGAAGACAAAACCGUUCAACAGAAACUCACUGCCAACUUCACUGCAAUUUCUGGAUAUAUUGACACCCUAAGUGGCCUGCUCAGUGAAGUGGCAGAGAAGACUGUAUUGUCUGAAGGGAGAAUGCUGAGGGAGGUCAAGAGCAUCCAACACAAGCAUAACACCCUGGAGUUCCCAUCUUUGUGGACUGUUCAUUGGAGGCCGGAAGGCUACAGUCUUCCUCCGCUGUGCUCACAGCUGGACAAAAUCAUCCAGAAAUUCCAAGAAGAAGUGACUCUGGAUCCCCAAAAAGCACACCCCAGUCUGCACAUGUCUGAGGACAGGAAGUCUGUGGUCUAUCUGAGGAAUAAGACAAAAACUGAUGAGGAACCAGAGCGAUACCCUGCUGAUGUAGCAGUUCUGGGCUCUGAAGGAUACAGUUCUGGCCGACAUUACUGGGAGGUGCAGGUGGGCAACAAGCCUGAAUGGGCUGUGGGGGUGUGCACAGAUGCCCCUUCCGUCAAAGGGCAGCCACCCCUGUUGGGUCAGAACAGAUCCUGGACGGUCCAGCUGCAGAAUGGCACCUACCUAGCUGGAGGCUCUGUACCUGUCCUUCUCUCUUUGAAGGACAAACCCACAGGGAUUGGCAUUUACCUGGACUAUGAGCUGGGCCAGAUUUCCUUUUAUGAUGCCAGUGACAGGUCUCACAUCCAUUCUUUACUGGAGACAUUUUCUGACGUGCUAAAGCCUUAUUUCCGUGUCGGCCAAGAUUCUACCCCUCUUAUAGUGUCUGCGAUAAGAGAUUCUACAAAAUGA